UAUAAACAGACCUGAACAGAUCCAGAGUCUGACGCGUUUGUCUACAAUUCAUUCAUGUGUGGAUUUUACAUCAGAUCCAACCGUUUAUAAACAUGGGAAACCCCAAAGUUUUCUUUGACAUGGCCAUCGGAGAAUCUCCCGUUGGCAGGAUUGUAAUGGAGCUUCGGGCCGAUGUGGUCCCAAAGACUGCAGAAAAUUUCCGUGCUUUGUGCACCGGAGAGAAAGGUUUUGGCUACAAGGGCUCCUCGUUUCACCGUGUCAUCCCUGGUUUCAUGUGCCAGGGUGGGGACUUUACCAAACACAAUGGGACUGGAGGCAAAUCCAUCUAUGGAGAGAAGUUUGCUGAUGAGAAUUUCCAGCUGAAACACGGCGGCAUGGGGACACUGUCCAUGGCUAAUGCUGGGCCCAACACCAACGGAUCCCAGUUCUUCAUCUGCACAGCAAAAACUUCCUGGCUUGACGGGAAGCACGUGGUGUUUGGCAGCGUUGUGGAGGGCGUUGAUGUUGUUAAGGAAAUAGAAACGUUUGGCUCCAAAAGCGGCAAGACAAGAGAAAAGGUUGUCAUUGCUGACUGUGGUGAAAUAUAACAGAGCAGCUUAGUUCCUUCUGUCUGUUCUCCGAUCAGAUCCUUCACCAUCCUCAUCCCAGUUAAUCUUUAAAAUGGAGCAUAUCCGUCUUUAUUCAUUGUGUAAUAUUCUGAACCCUCCAGUCUGUCCUUUAAGGAUCACAUUUGUUAACAAUAUCUGAAUAAAAUAAUGAUGAUGGUGUAAAUAAAACAACCUGAAAGCCUG